AUGAUGAAGGACUUGAUGUCCCGGAAAUUUGAUUUUCAAGACUUGGCUACGAUUACACUUGCUCAGACCUGUAGUGCAGUGGUGACGAGACCUAUUGCUGAAAAGCUAUCUGAUCUAGGUAGCUUUACAAUUCCAUGCACUAUUGGGAAUUUCGCCUUUGCUAAGGCGCUCUGUGAUUUAGGGGCCAACAUAAUCUUAUGCCCCUGGCUAUCAAUAAGAGGUUGGGCAUUGGGAGAGCUAGACCCACCUCCAUAUUUUGUGAUCUUGGAUUGCAAAGUGGAUGAAGAGAUUCCUAUAAUCUUAGAAAGACCAUUCUUGGCCACGGGGAGAGCUCUGAUUGACUGUGAGACUGGGGAGCUCAAAAUGAGACUCAAUGAUGAGGAAAUGAAGUCUAUGAGGCGACCAAAGUCCGAUGAUGAGGUAUUGACAAUUGAGGAACCCCUGGCUGCAUGUUUGAUGAACUUAGAUGAAGUGAAUG